GUUGUUGCUACGUGAGGCGUUUUAGAUUGACACUUGCCUUUGACCACAAUAAUGAUGAUGUUGUUGUGUCUUUGUGACUAUUUCAGACUCCUCCAGUAUCACAUCUUCACCUCUCCACUGAUAAUAUGGCAUCCAGAAGCCCCCUGUCCAAGGCUAGCACCACCUUCUGCCUGAAUUUGCUGAAGAAGCUGUGUGAUGAUGGCGAGGCAGACAAUUUAUUCGUCUCCCCAUUCAGCAUCUUCAGUAGUUUAUUUAUGCUGUUGCUGGGCGCCAAAGGCAACACCAGAGAGCAGAUUGCAGAGGUGAUGGAACUUUUAAUCUCUCCGGGGGAUUUUCUCCAGAGUUUUGGAGAACUGCAGAGAAAAAUCCUCUCCAAAGAUGCACCUUAUUCACUCAAUAUUGCCAACAGACUGUACGGAGAGCAGACGUGCAACUUCCUUGAGAAGUUCCUGAAAGACUGUGAAACUGAUCUUGGAGCCGAACUGGAACCUGUGGACUUCAUCAACCAGGCUGAAAAGGCCAGAGUCAGCAUCAACCACUGGGUGGAGGCAGAGACUGGAGGAAAGAUCAAGGAGCUGCUGGGAAGCGGUUUGGUGGACAACUCGACCAAGCUCAUUGUGGUCAAUGCCAUCUACUUCAAGUCUGACUGGGCAAGCCAGUUCCCCAAAGACGCCACAACAGAUGAAAAAUUCUGGAUCAGUAAGACCGAGUGGAAGCCUGUGAAAAUGAUGCAUCUGUCAGGUGAUUUUCGGUAUGCUGCCUUUCCUGACUGCAAUUGCAAGGUCUUGGAGUUGCCCUACAAACGAGGUGAACUCAGCAUGAUCGUGGUUCUGCCUGAUGACAUUGGGGAUGGCCCGGCUGCAUUGAACAGUUUGAUGGGCUCGCUUCUCUGUGACAACAUCAAUAAGUGGAUGGAUUGUGAUACGAUGGCAACUACACCUGUUAAAGUCUCACUUCCUUGCUUCUCCAUUGAAGACAAGAUUCAGUUAAAAGACGUUCUUAAGGAACUGGGAAUGGUUGACGCCUUUGAUCCUACAAUCAGUGAUUUUUCAGGAAUGUCCUCGUGUGACAAUAUGGCCGUCUCUGGUGUCAUUCACCAGGCUUCCAUAGAUGUGAAUGAGGAGGGAACCGAAGCAGCUGCUGCAACUGCUGGCAUGUUGGACAGUAAGCCUUCACAGCUGGUGGAGGGUAUUUGA